GAUCUGGCAAUAUUACAUUUUUGACACUUACCAUUGUGAAUACAUUUUUGUAGUUAGAAGAGGAGUCGUAUAGUGUGCAUUGCUGUUUUUUUGCCUGUGGAAAACCAAUUAGCCUGCAAAAUGUCUGAUAAAGCUGUUGAGAAAGUUGGACGUCCAAUGAAGUAUCCCUAUACUUUCAGUGCAAAAAUCGCUCAAUUUCCACUAAAACAUUACAUCCAAAAGCAAUGGAUCUGGAAGUACUACUUCGUUGCCUUUGGUUUGUGCAUUCCCGUCUUCUACAAAAUCAGCAAAUUGGCCAACUCACCUGAAAACAAAAAGAAGUGGGCCGAAAGCCAGGCUAAAGAAGCUGCCGAACAUCAUUAAAUGUAGAAGAAUAUCACUGGUCAUUUGAGUUAAUGUAAUUUAAAAAACUUUGGAUUAUAUGUAAAGGAAUAAAUAGCUUGCUUUUAAACCUUACACAAAACUACCAA